CCCGUCCCAGGCCUGUGGGGCGUCUCUCCAAGUCCCCCUCCAUUCGCUCCCCCACCCUCUCUCCCUCCAGCCUUCGCCCUUUUCGCCUGCUUGUGGUCGGCCUUCUUUCUUUCUUUUUUUUCGCCAAGGCCCCUCCCCUCUUCUCCUCCCCUCCGGAAGUAUGCCUCCCAAGUCUGGUCGCCCGAGUGGCAGGUCCUCCAGCCAGCCGAAGGUCUUCGAUCUCGAGGCUGCCAUGGAGGCCGCCUACAACCACGAGGACAAGGCCGAGCGUCUCAACGGCCAGAGUGGUGCGGAUGCCUCGCGCUCGGCCUUCGCGGCCUUCGUCCGAGUUCUGGAACAGAACCCACGGAAUGUGGAGGCCCUUUUCGGCAAGGCGCGCUGUUGCAUGUGGCUGGCCCGCAAGCUGACCGAUCCCGUGGAGCAGCGUCGCGCGCUGCUUGCGACGGUGCAAAACUUCGACGCGGCCUUCCAGGCAGCCGGUGCGGUCACCGGCAUCGAUGCCGACCCGGCCUUCACCCCCGGGUCGCUGUCCUACUGCCGGGAGAUGCAGAAUGCCGCGCAUUCGCUGGCCGAGCUGGCCCAGUUGGAGGUUGAUGCGUCGGAGCAUGAGUUGCCCCAAGGCCCGGGGUUCAUGCAACUCCGCCAAUCGGCCCUGCAGCGUCUUCUCCAGUCGGAGAUUUUGUACGCCCGGUCGCAGGAGUUCCUGGAGCAGCUGGCCGAGACCCUCCAUAACCGGGCUCACGGUGGCCAGCUCGAUGUUGAGGGUCCUCCCGACGCGCCGACCUUCAAUGAUGCUGUGGCCGAGAUUGUGGACUGCCUGCUGGGUCGGGCUGAUGCCCUGGUGGCGGCGGCUCCCCUGGCGCCAGACCAUUCGACCGCCAAGGAGUACUUUCUCCUGGCGAACAACCACACCCAGCGUGCCAUGGGCCUGUGCUCCAGCAUGACGCCCAUCGGUCCGCAAGAUCGGAUCCUGCUGGCCCGUGCGGCGGUCUGCGCCUCGGCCGCGCGCGACGAGCGCGAGCCGCUCAUCGAUCUCGGUCUUGUCGGGCAGGCUGUCGACCACCUGGGUGACAUUUUCAAUCGCGACGGUGACGAUCGGCUCCAGGCACAUUGCGAUCUGGCGGACAUCUAUUUCUCGGUGGCCACCGAUUCCCGCCAUGGGGAGUCUGUCAAGCAGUACCUUUCCGCCACCGCCGCGGCCGGCCAGUGCACCCAGGCCCUCGCGGCCCGGCUCAGCUCGGAGGCCAUGCUCCAGCAGUCGGUCGAGCACUACCGCAAAGCCCUCUCCCUGAACAAUCGCGACCCGAACAUCUUUUCCAAGCUUGGCGAUGUCCUCCUCCAGCAGGCCAAGGUGUGCUGCCCAGAUCUUGCGACCAGCCAGCCGUGUGCCCAGUCGGUUCAGCUUCUGCAAGAGGCCCUGGACACCUACCAGAAGGCCUUCGCCAUUCCCUUCAAGGAGUACCACGAUAUGGAUACCUACCACAACAUGGGUGUGGCUUUUGCGCUGCUUCGCAUGGAUGACGACUGCCAAAAGGCGCUUCGGUCUUGGCGCGCCCAGCUCCGGGGGCCCGGCCAGAUCCCCGAGGUUCUCAAUGACCGGGACUUUGCUCGCAUCCGGGCUCAGUAUCCGUGGUUUGCCGAAAUCACCCACAUGGGGUAGGUCAAAAUGUGGCCUCCGAUUCCUCCUCCUCCGACCGAUGCCUGCUGGGGAGGAGAAGGCCAGUGUACCAUUCUGGCAGCAGAGGCUCUCCUCUUCUUCAACUCCUUCUUCCUAUUU